AUGCUUCUUCCAAAUUCCAGAAGCUCCUUCAAAACGUCACAAAGACCAUCUGCGAGAGAGGUGCUGAUGUGGGCCGAGAGUCUGGAGGCUCUGUUGAGCAAUCAGUACGGUUUGGCAGUAUUCCGCCACUUUCUGAGGUCAGAAUACAAUGAGGACAAUUUGGACUUCUGGUUGGCUGUGGAGAAAUUCAAGGCGACGUGCUCCCGCAGCGAGAUGGCCGACCGAGCCACCAAAAUUUAUGAGGAAUUCGUCUCGCGCGGCGCCUCCCGACAGGUGGACGUGGGCUGGAAUGUCCUGGAUGCGACCGACGGCGGCGUGCGUCUGGGUGUUGAGCCCACCUCUUUCCAGAUGGCACAGAAUCAGAUCUUCAGACGGAUGGAGGCUGACAGCUACCCGCGCUUCCUCAAGUCUCAACUCUAUGCCCGUCUGGCCGGUUGGGACACAGGGCCUUCAUCUAAACAUAUGGAGCUUGAGAAAUAA